AUGGCCACAGGCCCUGAACCCUCGGCCAAGCAGCCGAAGCGGAUUCUCUUCAUUGACGCCUAUGACUCGUUCACAAAUAAUAUUGUCUCCCUUCUCCGAACACUUCUCGGUGCAGAAAUAUUCGUCAUAAGGAUUGAUCUUUCGGUCAUCGACAGGCUUGAUGAGAAUGAUGUACCUGCAAGAUGGACAGAGCAGGAGUUUCUCGAUAAUCUCUCUCAGUUCGACGCCGUAGUUUGCGGCCCCGGCCCCGGAUCUCCGCUUAACCCGGAAGACGUCGGGGCUUUCAACCUGCUCUGGAGUCUCCCUGAGCAUCGUCAAUUACCCGUUUUGGGUAUCUGUCUUGGCUUCCAAAGUCUUCUGGCUGCGCAUGGCGGAGCUGUGAGGAGACUGAAGAGAGGUUUGCAUGGCAUGGUGAGAGAGAUUGAGCAUCAAGGAGAAGAUAUCUUUCGCGAAGUGCCACCAUUCAAGGCUACUCUUUAUCACAGUUUAUGUGUCGAUAUCGGCCAGUACAGCAAUGAAUGGCAGGAAAAGAAUCGCUGGAAUCCCACCUCCCAGUUUGCACCUUUGGCCUGGGCAACAGAGUUCAGAGAUGAUGGCCGACGCGAACAGGUUCUCCAGGGCGUGCGACAUCUCAGAAAGCCGUUCUGGGGUCUUCAGUAUCAUCCGGAAUCUGUGUGCACUGAAAAGAACGCACAUGGCGUACUUAUCAACUGGUUCAAAGCUGCCCUUCAGUGGAACAAGAACCAUGGACGGCAUGUACAGGGCCCCUUGCUGGAGAUCCAGACUCUUUCGCCACCAAACCAUCUAGAGUCUGCGGCUGCACAUAAGGAACGACUUUCAGAAGACUGGUGGUCGACGUCACAUGGCGAAGCUACGUCCUUGCGAGACUUUGCCAAAUCAGCAGAGUACACGCAUAAAGCGAUUCCUUUGCCUCAGGGAGUUGGUGUGCCAGAAAUCGUCGAGGCGCUUGGAUUGACUGACGGAGAAUCUGUCAUUCUCGACUCAUCGAGUUCAAAGAACGGCGAUGCGUUGGCAUUGAACAGCAUCAUCGCUCUCGAGGUCGAAGAAGCACUACGAGUUGAGUACAAAGUCUUGGAUGACUUUGUGACAGUUCGACUUCCGUGUACAGCUGAGGGGAAAGACAAGACUGAGACGGUCAGUCUGGAAAACGGCACCGUCAAAGUAUGGGAAAUCAUCUCCAACUUUUGGGAGAGACGAAGCUAUCCCUCUGGAUUUGAUCAAUCAAACUCAGCCUUUAAAGGCGGUUUCAUGGGCUUCAUCACUUACGAGAUGGGCUUGCAUGGCCUUGAGAAAAAGAUGGUGCCAGAGGAUAGGGGUCAUGCGCGACCUGACAUCUGCUUGGCAUGGGUUACAAAGAGUAUCGUUCUGGAUCAUCGAGCUGGUGUGGCAUACGUCCAAAACUUGAAGACCAGAGGAUCAAAUGACCAAUGGCUUGACAGAAUGACGGAAAGAAUUCAACAGUGCCUCUCUCAAAGAGUGCCAAGCAACGGACAUAGCAACGGUAAUGCUGUUCAGCACAAGCGACUUAACAUCACAACACCACAACCGGAUAGAUAUGAGGAGCAGGUCCGAGUCUGUCAGGACUUCAUCGCAGCAGGAGAGUCUUAUGAACUUUGCCUAACAUCACAAACAACUAUGGAGAGGCCUCGUUCUCGCAACAAUGAGCGAAGUCCUUGGCAUAUUUACCAGACACUCAGAAGUCGACAGCCAGCCCCUUUCGGAUCAUUCAUCCGACUCGGUGGCGCUACAAUGCUCAGCUGUUCCCCUGAACGUUUUAUGCGGCACGACAGUAACGGGCUUUGCUCGAUGAGACCAAUGAAGGGCACCGUCCGUAAGUCGGAAGCUGUUUCUACACUGGCACAGGCCGAAAAGAUUCUGCAUGUACCCAAGGAAGUGGCCGAGAAUCUCAUGAUUGUCGAUCUUGUGCGACACGACUUGCAUGGUGUCUGUGGUGUCGGCCAUGUUACAGUCCCUGAUUUGAUGAAGGUGGAAGAGUAUGCCACCGUUUUCCAGAUGAUUACGGUUGUCAAUGGUCAACUUCCUGGGCGAAAUGGCAACAAGCCUCAUGGUGCUCGUCGAAGCAGCUUUGACUCACACUGCCCAUAUACCGGUCUAGAUGCUCUCGCUGCAGCUCUUCCUCCUGGAAGUAUGACAGGAGCGCCAAAGAAGCGCAGUUGCGAGCUUUUACAGGUUAUUGAGGGCCACCACGAGCGAAGUCUGUACUCUGGUGUCGUUGGAUACAUGGAUGUCACUGGUGCAGGAGACUGGAGUGUCACGAUACGGACCAUGUUCCGGUGGGAUGACGAAGAGGCUCCUGCCGGAGAAGGCGAGAUAGAGCCUAGGGAAGUGUGGAGGAUCGGGGCUGGAGGUGCGGUAACUAUCCUCAGUACCCCUGAGGGAGAAAGGGAUGAGAUGUUUACCAAGCUUGCCGGCCCCAUGGGCGUAUUCCGAGACGCCGCUUGA